AUGCUACGGUACAUGCACAGCGACUCGGUGCGAAGAAUACCGACCCUACUUUUCGCCUCCACGCCAUGUGUCGAUAACCCUGCUUCAGACGCGGCCUGCCAUCACGCUUGCGCCCUGAUAAUAAUAAGACUUCUAGUUGUGUAUUGUGUUUGCAUCGUGGGAAUUAGCAUUAUUAUGGAGAAAGUGGAGUCAGCCCUCGAUGUUUUAUCUCGUGCUGCGACAAUGGUUCAGCCCUGUCCAGCGUACCCAGCUAGUGAUACAGACAGUUUUGAAAGCCCCAGCACAGCGUCGAGUGGAGAGUCAGAAGGGGAUCGUACUCUUUCGCCUGAAGCGCCUCGCGACCAACCUAAAGAGUUAACCGGCAAGUGGCGACGCGAGCGACGAUCGACUCGUCUACCCGAAUACCGACCAAGGGAGAACGGCAAGAUGGCGUUACGGUCGCAGUCGUUUAAUGAGCGGCGGACUUCACCGGCGGUGACUCGAGCUACCACCACGCACAGUGACGGAGAGCUAUCAGAUGAGAUAGACGAUGUUACUAGAGCGCCGCCUCAGUACCCUGGGGUAAAACAUGAAGCACCAAUCGACAUGAGACUUCGCUCUCGGCCCGCUCCUCCACCUUACACACGACCCUCUGUUAUAAAGACAAAUGAUGCUCCACCUGGGUCACUAUCAAUGUGCGAUCCUGUUAUAGACGAACACUUCAGACGAUCUCUGGGAGAUAAUUACAUGAAUCUAUUCAAAAAGGACGCAACAGCUCCCAAGCCGAACACAAAAGACAGAGCCAGCAGUCCCAUACAGUUCAUUAUAGAGAAACCAACUAAAAUAAUAGCUAUGGAAGUUGAUGACGCGAGUAUGUCAGUGGACGAUCACUUCGCUAAAGCACUCGGCGAUACUUGGAAACAGAUACAGACGUCUAGAAACGAUAAAUCACAGACUUCCAAAGGCGUUGAUGACCACUUCAGCAAAGCUUUAGGUGAUACGUGGAAGAAGAUUCAGACGAAACACAAAACUGACGAAGAAAAGACCAAGGAUCAGACUAAAAUCAUCACGAGGAGCGGCGUCGUGAUAUAA